AUGUCCGCAAAACAAAUUCUUCGCUCCGAGGCCAUUCUCGAAAAGUAUGGCAAAGCAAUUGCUGGAAAGACAAUCUUGAUCACUGGCAUCUCCGAUAUAUCCAUUGCCGGAGAACUGGCAAUCCAGCUCUCCACCGCCAACCCCAAACUCCUUAUCCUGAGUGCUCGAGCCGAAUCAAAGGUAACUUCCGUGAUCGAAAAGAUCAAAGAAACCAAGCCCAAUGUCAUGACUCGAUUCUUCAACAUGGAUCUUAACUAUCUGAGUGGAAUUCGCGAAGCCGUUGAACAUGAUCUUGCGGAUAUUAAUCAGAUCGACCAUGUGAUCUGCGCAGCUGGAGUGAUGGCUUGUCCCUACACAACGACAAAAGAUGGGGUUGAGAUGCAGUUUGGCGUCAACUACCUAGCCAACUUCUUGCUAGUCAAGCUUCUUCUUCCUAAGGUUCAAGCUGCAGGCCCAUCGUCUUCUAUCAUCAGUGUGGCGAGUGCUGCUGCUCGACAAGGUAAGGUAGAUUUUGAUGAUAUCGGCUUUAGUAACGGAGAAACCUACGAGCCAAUCGCUGCAUAUUGCCAGUCCAAAGUUGCACGGGUCAUGUUCGCCAAGAAACUCAGUGAGAACUUGAAGGGCCAAGGGAUCCGAGUCUAUAGUAUUGACCCUGGCUCCGUUACCACCGGACUCCAACGUCAUGUGGAUGCAGAAAUGGCAGCAGCUAUUGAGAAAUUGAGGAAAGGCGGAUAUUUCGUCGACUUCGAUGGAAAUCAAUGGCAAUCUCAGCCGCGUACCACUCGCUCUGAGGGUGCAGCAACCAUCAUCACGGGCAUGAUCGAUCCCACAAUCACAGAUCACAAUGGAGCUUAUUUGAGCCAAAACGCUCUUGCGGACGAUGAGCUGCAUAGCCAUAUCCUCGACGAGAAGAACUGGGCCCGACUUUGGGAACUAAGCGAGAAAUUGAUCCAAGGUCAAUGA